AUGUCCUCCAAACACUUCAUAAACGACCCCACCCACCUCGUCCUCUCCGCUCUCAAAUCCAUCACCCUCACCAACCCCACCACCGCCCUCGACGAGGAGAAUAAGAUCGUCUACCUCCGCCCCGAUGCCGCGAAGCAACAGGUCUCCAUCAUCUCGGGCGGUGGCAGCGGCCAUGAGCCUUCCUUCGCUGCCUUCGUUGGCCCGGGUCUACUGUCUGGAGCAGUAGCAGGAACCAUCUUUGCUUCACCCGGCGCCGAACAAGUCCGACGAUGCAUCGGCGAGCGCGUGGAGACAGGCAAGGGCGUGUUGGUGGUGGUGAUGAACUACACUGGCGACGUGCUGAACUUUGGCAUGGCGGUUGAGAAGGCCAAGGCUGCGGGUGUGCAGGUCGAGAUGGUGGUUAUGGGCGACGAUGCAGGUGUAGGACGGGCGCAGGGCGGGAAGGUGGGGAGGAGAGGGAUUGCUGGGACGGUGCUGGUGCAUAAGAUUGCUGGUGCGUUGGCGGCGGAAGGGGCGGAGCUGAAGGAUGUGCAUCGUGUCGCUAAGACCGUGGCGGAGAACACGGUCAGUAUCGGGAGCUCGCUGAUGCAUGUGCAUGUACCUGGGCGAGAGGCCGGUGGGGAGGAAGAGCUGGGUCAGAGUGAGGUGGAGAUCGGGAUGGGAAUACACAACGAGCCUGGGUCGGAGAAGUCGAAGGAGGAUCUACCAGGAAUUGUGAAGAGGAUGCUGAAGUACAUGCUCGACCAAAGCGAUAAGGACCGCGCAUUCUCCAACAUCAGCUCCUCCAAUGAGACAGUCCUGCUGGUCAACAAUCUCGGCGGCGUCAGUGUGCUCGAGAUGGGCGGCAUCACUACCGAAGUCGUCAACCAGCUUCAACAGACCUACUCCAUCAAGCCCGUCCGCAUCAUCUCUGGCACCUUCAUGACCAGCCUCAACGGCCUAGGCUUCAGCCUGUCACUGCUAAAACUCCAAGAUACAGGCGUCUCGAAAUCCAUGCUCGAGCUCCUCGACGCCCCUGCUGAGGCGUCCGGCUGGUCUGCGGCUGUCAAGUCCUCCACCUGGGCCAAUCCGCCCACCAAGACCCGCGAUGCAGGCUCGGGAUCGACGGGCCAGAACAAACCAUGCGGUAUCAGCAUCGACCCCAAACAAGCCGACAAAGCGCUCCGCAACGCCUUGCGAAAACUCAUCGCCGCAGAACCAGAUAUUACAAAAUACGACACCGUCGUCGGCGAUGGCGACUGCGGGAUAGGCCUCAAGCGCGGUGCCGAAGGCAUCCUCUCUUACCUCGACGAAGGCAAGAACGAGCAGGACGCCGCAUUAUUCCUCGAUGGCAUCAUCAGCGUAGUCGAGAAAACCAUGGACGGCACUUCCGGCGCGCUUUACGCCAUCUUCCUCAACGCUCUGGCCGGCGGUAUCCGCCAGCAAGGCUCCUCCUCAUCGCAGUCCGCCGACCCAGCUAUCUGGGCCAAAGCGCUGAAAGCGGCUUUAGAUGCCAUGAGCAAGUACACCCCCGCGCAGCCCGGCGACAGGACAUUGGUCGAUGCGUUGCAGCCAUUUGUCGAGACUUUGGAGAAGAGCAAGAGUGUGGACGAGGCGGCGAAGGCGGCAGAACAAGGGUCCGCGAAGACGAAGGGCAUGAAGGCGAGUUUGGGAAGGACGGUGUAUGUGGGCGGGAGUGGGUUUGAAGAGGUGCCGGAUCCGGGGGCGCAUGGGCUGGCGGUGUUUUUUAAGGGGUUGGGUGAGGGGUUGGACUGA